AUGUGGCGUUGUUGUUGCCGAGAGGUGGCCACCGAGACCACUGGAGCGGCUCAGGUCAGCAAUGGCGCGGCCGGUGCCAGCGGCGCGGAGGCGCCGAUGUGGAGAGACCGAGAUCCUCCACCCAACUUCGACGGCGAUGUCGAGGGCUUCAAUCAGUAUGUGAGGGAUCUCAAGCUCUGGCGUCACGAUACGGAUGUGCCGGAGCGCAAGCACGGUGUGAAGGUUCUGAGAGGACUUUCAGGACAGGCGAAGGCAAUCUGCAAUGAACUCUCCGUGGAAGAACUGACCUCCACGGGGAGCGUUGAUCUGAUUUUGGCAAAGUUGCGAGAGCACUACUCCCCCCAUCUUGAGACCACCAUGCCGAAGGCUUUCGAGAAAGCAGUGUACGGAGAACCCAGGAAGCCCAAGGAGAGCAUCUGCGACUUCGUGAUCAGGCAAGAUGCUGCAUUUCGUGAACUACAUGAAGAAGGAUUCGCCCGAUCUGACGUGGUGAAAGCCCUGAGGAAACUUGAGAAGAUUCAGAAGGAAAAGCCGGGCAGCCGCUACAUGACUGUCGAGGAUGAGACAUUCAUGACCGAGCCCAUCGAGGGUGGCAGCGAUGACAGCGGCGACUACGUGUACCUGGGUGAGGACGAUCUGAACCACAUAUAUGAAGAGGAGGAGAUCCAAGAAGCUCUUGCGACGUAUCAACAAGUUCGCAAGGCCAUCCAGGAGCAGAAGAACAAUCGUGGCUACUAUGGGCCAGGUGUCAGCGGAAAAGGGGCGGCGGCUUCAUCCACGGGUACGUCAUCCCCCAAAGCUGGGUUCUUUGAGGUUGGGGAGCACACCACCAUGAAUGUCAACGACACCUACCAGGUCACCCUUGGUCAGUUCAUCAAGAAGGGACAGAAUCGUUCGUCGUUCGUGGGUUUGACCACCAGUUCACAUGUUGGCAUCAUUGACACUGCUGCCCAAGGGGGUCUCAUUGGAAGGAGGGCUCUUGAUCGACUCGGCGAAGAACUCCGCAAACAUAGGUUGAAGGUUCAGUGGUCAACCAAGCAAGCACAAGCACGUGGCAUAGGAGGUGAAGCUCGAGUCGUCGGCGUCGUCGAGAUUCCGGUCGGCAUCGCAGGGGUGAACGGACUCAUUGAAGCAACCGUCGUUGAAGAAGAUGUUCCUUUUUUGCUUUCCAUCAAGUUCCUUCAACAAGUCAAAGCCACUAUCAGUUUGUCCGAACAGGAGUUGCACCUCGGAGCUUUCGGUCGUUCGACCAAAUUGCAAGAGAUGCCAACCGGCCAUGUUGCAGUGGAUGGCUCAACAGUUCGUUCAUGUGGAACAGCACCAAGCCUCACCUUCGGCUCGGAAGCAUCGCCGAUGGAUCUCUUCAAUCGCAUGGUCAAGAUCGAGCAAAUGGCUUCGAGAUCCAAUGCGGCAAGCUCAGCCUCGCCACACAGCCCCGAGCGCGCCACAGCUCACUGGCGCACAGUGAUGGAAAAGGUGGCCGAAGUCAUGGAGCUGGCAAGAGCUCAGGCCAGAGUCAAAGGCUGGCAGGAAGAUGGAUUCGAGCUUGGCUCGCGUGUGCCAUCGUCAGCUGUCAGUGCACCCCCAGCAUCGGCAUACUCCUCACCGCCGGCAACCACAGAAGCAGGCAUCUCCUCCAGUGACUCCAGUCAGAACCCCGUGGCCUCCCAUGAGCUCUCUGGAGAGUCCACCUCCUCCAAGUUCACUGGCCGCCACUCCAGUGAAGAUCACCCCACACAAUGCGGUGACGUGCAAGAGGAGCGCAAAGCCCAGGAAUUCGAACAAGUCAUCGAGAAAGAGAAGAACGAAGUCAUCAACCAGACGAUGGCUAUGGCAGAGCAGCGUCACCAGGCAUUGAUGUUGGAUCAGCACGUCCGCCACGAGAUGGAAAAGGAGACGCUUCAGAAUUAA